AUGUCGAAUACACUGGUCACCACGAGAGGACUGGUUAUAGCUCCCAGAACGAAGCCCCAUGGGGGUCCUUCUCCUAUAGCGAUUGCCGCGUCGCCGCAGUCGCUGGCCGGUUCUCCGCCAUCUACACAAGUUUCACAAAUUCAAACUUCCAAAGAGUGGGUGCUUCCUCCACGUCCCAAACCGGGCCGAAAGCCUAGCGUAGACACUCCGGCGUCGAAAAGAAAAGCUCAAAACCGAGCUGCUCAGCGUGCUUUUAGAGAAAGACGAGCAACCAGAGUUCAAGAAUUAGAGGAAAAACUCGCCGAGGUGGAGAAGGAGAGAGACGUCAAGGAGAUGGGGUUGGUCAACACGAUAAACAAGCUCAAAGUCGAGAACCAGUUUCUCCUAAAAAGCUUGGAACAAUUGCGGUCCGAGGUAGCAGGCAUCAGGAAUGCUCGUUCUCCAACCAACCCUUCUCCGUCCUCGUCGACUUACUCUGUGCAACAAAUAUCGCCGGCACCUUCUGCGGAUUCGCCGCCAAAUUUCAGCUAUAAAAAGACUAUUCAACCUGCUCCAAUUUCGAGCAAUCCAACCGCAAUUAAACCCCGAGCUUCCAGCGAUUUUGACUGCGGUGUCUGUAUCAAGGAUGAGUGUUUGUGUGAAGAUGUGGGAUUGAGAGCUAAGAGCUCGCUGUCGACGUUGAACGACUUGGUGGAAACUUUCCAGCCUGUUGCCGCUGUUCCAUUGAAGCGGAAGUCAAGCUUGGAAAUCGACUUUACGACGCAGUUUGGCACUUCAAAGCGUAAACCGUUACCAGACUUUAAAAAGUUGAAAAAAUCAAAACGGGAGGUUGUGGUUCAGGAUCCAGCUCCGAAGAAAAUGUUUGAUGAGGGUUCUCCAGUCGACAAUUGUGGGUUUUGUACCGAUGAUACACCCUGUGUUUGCCGAGAAGCAGCGAAAGAAGCAGCAAAAAUAUCACGUUCUAUGGAGGCUCACAUCGAAGAGGACGAAGAAGAUGAAGAGGAAGACGAUGAAGUCACCAAAAUGCUUCCUCCAAUUCAAAACUCUUCCAUUCGCAAAACUUCGCUUCCAGUAAUGCACCCCGGACCCAGCGUGGAAAUUCGAGACAUAACCAACUUGAAUACCGGCGCCGUGCCGCCAGUAACUGCUGAACCAAAGAAACUGAGUGGGUGUACAGGCAACCCUGGAACCUGCGAGCAGUGCCAGAUGGACCCAUUAUCUACGUUAUUCUGUUCUACUGUUGCAAAUAAGGCCAAUGAGUCGAACGAAAGGUCCAGCGAUAGAAGCAGCAGCGACCGUUCACCAUCCAGAACAUCGCUUCCACGAACCGACUCAAGGUCUAAUAUCCCAAUGGCAUUAACAUCGGCACCCACCACUCCAGGAACCCCAGGAACGCCAGGUGUGACGGGCGCAAAUGGAAUCUUCAUUCCGUGCGCCGACGCAUAUAAGACGCUUUCACGUCAUAAGCAAUUCAACUCGGUGGACUUUAGUACUCUUGUGGGAAAACUCACAACACGAGGGAUGCAAGUUGAAGUGCAGUCUGUCGCCAAUGUGCUUCGGGAACUAGACAGGAGGGUAUAUAACUAG